UUUCCCGAGGAAUUUGGCGUCAAUGAACUAGUACACAAUUCAGUUGAACUGUUCAAUAAAAUACCACCACACAAGAUAGCAAGCACUGGGAAUAUAAGACUGAAUUCAAGGUUGAUUUCAUUUGGAUCAAUCGUGACCAGAGACACUUUGAGUGGUUCAUGGAGCUACUGAAUGAACUGGAAAUGGAACAGAAUGAAUAUGGAACACUAAUGGAUCGGUUCCUUGAUAUGCACAUGUACAUCACAUCAGCUUUGAAAGGACUGAUGUUAAAGCAUUAGGACUACAAAUGGCUCUUGAUCUGAUACACAAAGAAAAGAACAUUGAUCUUAUAACUGGACUGAAGACCAGGACACAGACUGGUAGACCUAACUGGGAUAAGAUAUUUGAAGAGCUAAAGGAGAGUGGAUAUGGACCAGUGACAGUAUUCUAUUGUGGGUCACCAGUACUGGCUAGAGUAUUAUCAGUGAAGUCUCAAUAUCAUGGAUUUAAAUUUAGAAAAGAAAACUUUUAGACAUUAACAAUAAUAAUGAUGAUGAUAUAACUUCACUGUGUCCCACUCUUAUUUAUGUGUCUCUUUUUUGCUUUUA